AAAAUCCAUUCUGCACUGUCAACAUGUCAGUUGUGUCAAUAUGGUGUCAAUGACAUAGCCAAAAACCGGUGACAAUAGUGACUGAUAGUGACUCUCAAGAAUUUUGGGAAACGUUUGAUUACCCAGAAGUAAUAUAUACAUAAAAAUAGCAUCAUGUUCCGCAAUCAAUAUGAUAGCGAUGUUACCGUUUGGAGUCCUCAAGGUAGGAUACAUCAAGUCGAAUAUGCGAUGGAGGCAGUUAAGCAAGGCUCUGCAACGAUAGGCCUUAAAAAUAAUGAAAUAGCAGUGUUAUUAGCUUUUAAAAGAGCAUCAUCAGAAUUAUCAGCUUAUCAAAAGAAAAUUAUAACCAUUGAUGAUCAUAUAGGAGUUUCAAUAGCAGGAUUAACAGCUGAUGCUCGAAUGUUAAGUCGAUACAUGCGAUCUGAGUGCUUGAAUUUUAAAUAUGCACAACAAGAACCACAUCCUGUAGGCCAACUUAUUUCUCAUUUGAGCAGCAAAAUGCAAGUUUGCACACAGCGUUAUGAUCGCAGGCCCUAUGGAGUUGGAUUACUGAUAGCUGGUUAUGAUGAUAAUGGUCCACAUAUAUAUCAAAUUUGCCCUUCUGCCAAUUAUUUUGAAUGUAAGGCUAUGGCAAUCGGCUCAAGAUCCCAAAGUGCACGUACAUACUUGGAGAAAUUUUUGGACAGCUUUAAAACUUGCACAAAGCAAGAACUUCUGAAACAUGGUCUUAAAGCUCUUCGAGAUACUUUGCCAAAUGAAAUUGAAUUGAAUACUAAGAAUGUUUCAAUUGGUAUUGUGGGAAAAGGAUUAAAAUUCAAUACACUCUCAGAGAGUGAAUUGCAAGUAUAUUUAUCAGACUUGGAAGGAGAUGGUCCACGUCGUCCUCCACCAGAAACAGCAAGUACAACAGGGACCAGCGAAGUAGGAGAGGGUGAAGGUGAACCUCCUGCAGCACCCACAAGUACAGAAACUAUGGAUACAGAUUGAAAAUUU